CUAACCUAAUUUCUCUCUCCCCCUCCAUCUCCCACCCGCGCCUCCUUGCUCCUCUUUUUCUCAACCAUAGCUGCUUUGUUGUCUUCCAUUUCCACCGGCUUGUUCGCCGCCGGAGCCUCCUUAUUUCUCUCCCGUGUUAGGUCACCGCCUCCGGCCAACGACUGUCGUGAUACAACUCCUUUGGUAGAUGGGACUGGCAUUUUUAUUGCUUUGAAGUUGGCUUCAUAGAGGAAGAUUCCUUAUGCUGAACUUUAAAGGCAUGUAGUCAGCUGCCCAGAUGUCAGAUGGAAGAAUUGUCUCAGCUGCAUGACCACAGGGGCAACGGUUGCCCCUUACCAAAUCCGGGUCACGAUGAUGUUAACACACCAAGAAAAGCUGGAAAAAUGCUGAGUAAUAGUAGUGGAUAUUCUAAGAAAGCACGUUUUAGUCAACUAGAAGACACUAUCAUUUCAACUGGAGUUGAUGACAUAAAGGACAUAAAUGAUAAGCUAGGGUGUUAUACUACAAAAUCUAACUUUCCAGAUAAAACACAAAUGUCGAGACAAAAGAACAGCUUUAGUGGCAAGCGAGGUGACAGGAAAAAUUUCAAAGUCCCUAUGAAGCCGAAAUUUGAUUCUUUCUCCAAGAAGGCAGGUUUUGCGAGCUUUACUAUGGCCUCCGGAGGAAACAACUUCCUUGGAUUAUAUGGUCUGAAGUCUGAUGAUAUUCAUGAUGUCACCGAGCUUGUUGAGGAUUUAUCAUUAAAUGAACUCCUUGAUGGCAUAUAUGAGCAUCCCAUUUUAGGCAUCGAGAAGGGUAGGAAAGCAACUAACACAACUGAAAAUUUUGUACAUUCUGUUAAAAAGGUGUUCUCCGUUCUUCCACUUCGAAGGGUUCAGUCCCAAAACGUUACAGAUAUGGACAGUUCUUCCCACAAGAAAAUGCCCUUGUGUCCACUGAGCUCUGUUUCUAUUCCAGCAUGUAGUGCUAAUGGUGAUAAAGAAGACACCUAUUCUGUAGACCCAUCACCAUGUGACAAGGAUUCAUCCGGCAAGCCCGAAAUGCCUUCCAGUCCUCCAGAUUUUUUGUUGUGUCAACCGAAAGAUAUUCUGGAGCGCUUGGCAUUGCCUCCACCAAAAGAUCUGGACUCUCUACUUCUAGAUGCGACCAAGCCUUCAUCCACAAGGAAUAAUUCUGACGCUCGUCCAGGCAAGCAAAUACUCCGCCGAGCUAGCUUGCCACCAUUUCCUUGGUCACAUACUAUUAAUGGGUGCAGAACCAAUCCUGAUGCGGUUAAGCUUUUAUCAAAUAAGAGCAUGUGCCAAGGGCGAUGGGUAAAAAUACCAAAUACUUCCAGUUCGCCUGGGACUGCAACUGGAUGUUUUACCAACUUGGAGUCACUUGCCUAUGAUCCAAGCCUAAUCCCUUCACUUCCAAAGUGCAGUAGUUUGGAAGGUGAAAUAGCAUCAUCAUCUUGUAAUCUCCGUUUAUGUGAACAGGGUGCAUCACCUCUUACGACUUAUUCCAAGGCUUUUAAUCUUCCUCAAGUCGGGCACUGUCCAAGAAUAUUGGCUGCAGCUCGAACAUUGUGUGACAUUGCGACUAAACCCUUGAGGCAAAACCCGGAUGGUAUUACAAGGUGGCCGAAGAAGCCUUCACAAAAGGCCAUGAAAGCUCGUAAGACAAAAUCAAUUGAGAAACCGGACGAGAUAUAUGCAACACCCUCUUCUUUAUUGGGAUCUGAAAAACUGGUGAGAUGUGACACGGACCAGUUAAUCCUCUCGAAAAGGCCUAAGCUCUCUGUAGUUGAGAAUAAGAAGGAUCUCAACCACAUAAACGGUGUUAGAAAAGGACCCAUAGCUUGGUCUACUCCUAGAUCAAGUAGAUCAUCGCCUGGCAAAUCAGUAAGUGAAAUACGGCAUACCACUGCCAAUGUAGUAAAGCCACCAUGUACGAAUCUUCCACCUACGGUUUUAGAUAAGCCUUGCAACAGUCAACAUAAGUUGCGGAAACUAAUGUCCGUAGACUGGAAGAGGGGAAGAGAUAGGCUUGAUUAAUGAAAAGUUGUUGUCUUUUUCUUUUUCUCGAUGUCGAAGUUUGCAUUCAACAACUAUUGCAAAAUUUAUCGACCUCUGUACGAGGUUAAACCGGUGUUCCUGGUUUAUUUGUAUAUAUAUCGCGAUGUAGGUGGGAAUGAAAUAGUUGUGCUAUGGCUGGAAAGGGAAAAACAAAAUGUUACAAUAGUAACAUCCAAGUGAUAGUUUGUAGAGAUACUGCAAGGGAAUUCUUUGCCUUGUAUAUUUUAGAGCAAUUGUUGAGGCAAUAGAAAUUUCAGUUUCUCACACUUUAGCUUUUCAUCUUCCAGUAUGUGUUUGAUGGGAGUAUUGUUCCAUUUUUUGAACUUCUAUUUAUUUGAAGGAUCUUAUCCACAUUCAUAUUUACGUA